UCAGAUAUGAAGGAGAUAGAAUUUGGGUCAACCCGAAGUUAAAGCCCAUUGGCCCAAUACGAAAUUACAUAUAAAGUUCCUUCCAUUCUCAAACCCUAAACCUUGCUGGGUUUGCUGCGCCUAAUCUUCAUCCAUCAAUCAAAGACAAACCGAGAAAUGGGUGCCUACAAGUAUGUUUCUGAGCUAUGGCGCAAGAAGCAAUCUGAUGUGAUGCGAUUUAUGCAGCGUGUGAGGUGCUGGGAGUAUCGUCAGCAAUCCUCUAUCGUUCGUCUAACCAGACCUACUCGUCCUGAUAAGGCUCGCCGUUUGGGUUACAAGGCUAAGCAGGGAUAUGUCGUGUACCGGGUUAGGGUACGCAGAGGUGGUAGAAAGAGGCCAGUUUCCAAGGGUAUUGUUUAUGGUAAGCCCACUAACCAGGGAGUUACCCAACUCAAGUUUCAAAGGAGCAAGAGAUCUGUUGCUGAGGAACGUGCUGGAAGGAAGCUCGGUGGUCUUAGGGUUCUCAACUCCUACUGGGUCAAUGAGGAUUCUACCUUCAAGUAUUUUGAGGUUAUUUUGGUUGAUGUUGCUCACAGUGCUAUAAGAAAUGACCCAAGAAUCAACUGGCUCACCAACCCUGUCCACAAGCACAGGGAACUUCGUGGUCUCACUUCUGCUGGAAAAGAAAACAGAGGUUUGAGUGGCAAGGGUCACCGUUACCACAAAGCCCGUCCUUCUCGCAGGGCAAACUGGAAGAGAAACAACACCUUGUCUCUUCGUCGUUACCGUUGAUUUUUCUGCAGUUAUUUUGCGUUGUUUUAUUUUCUGGAUAUUGAGUGCACUAUAUCUAGACUUUGGAUAAUUUAUAAUCAAGUUUUGUAUUCCCUACCUGUGUCAUUGCCUAGAAACUCAUUUUGGUUGUUGAAGAACAGAUUAAUUACAAUUUUCCCUUGUUUUAUUAUUUGUUA